CUUGAUGAUGACGCAUUGAUCCGUGCGCCGUAUUUGUUUACAGUUUAGCUGUCGGAAGCUGAUGAAAACGGCGCUCAAAACUAAUUUAACGUUCGUGUGAUAAAUAUAAGUAUCAGACGUUCCUGCCACAAUGUCCCAGCAAGCGGCACCCUCCGCUGCGGACUCCCCGGCGUUGGUGGUGACCACCAGCGUGCAGAAAUACGCCAUAAAGAAAAAGGAGAUCCUAAACGCAGAGGAGAGUGAGUUGUAUGAGCUGAGCCAGGCUGCGGGCAUCACUGUGGACCAGGAAGUGUUCAAGAUCCUGGUGGACUUGCUGAAGAUGAACGUGGCCCCUCAAGCGGUCUUCCAGACUCUGAAGGCCAUGUGUGCCGGCCAAAGGGUCACCGAAAGCUGUGGCGGCGAUUCCGUCACGGCCUCUCACGGCGCCGGAAUCACCACGACCAAGGCGGAUGCCAGAGAUGAGAUCUCCGGAAAGAGUGCUAAAGUCCCCGCGGGUGUUUCCACGGGGCCCGGACCCCGAGCCACCAGGGUCAGCGCCAAAAUGGCGGCCUACGGCUCCCAAGACGUCGGCAGCGCUCCUCAUGCUCAAGCAGCGCGAAGCAAAGCGACAUCCUCUUCAUCAACAAAUCCCGCCGACAAGACACGUGAUGCCUCUGGCCAGCGCGUGCAACGGCAGCCCAGCGCCAGCAGGGGACAGAAGACCAAAAGCUCUGGAAGCAGCAGCUCCUCCUCGCAGAUGUGACCUGACUACAGACAAUCAUGGAAAUAG